AUGGGAAAGGCUGCCAGUGCGGUUCCGGGUGAGGCGGUUCCGGGACGGUCUGACGCAGAGAUGGUGAGUACGGGGCUUUUGUUGGAGAGCAAGCUGAUUGCAGAAGCUAAAGAGACGGAUGAGCGAAGGUUGAGAGACGAGCUAGAGGAGAGGAUACCGGAGGCGCACAUCUUGGGAAUUUAUCGUGUGCUGGGAAGCCCAGAUUGUUUCAGCGGCCCAGACCAGCAGCGCCAGCAGCCGGAAGAACGAGAUCUUUGGCAUGGCACUGCGUGGAGCUUCGUGCCAAAGAUAUUGAAGCAGGGCUUCAAUCGGAGCUUUGCAGGACGGCAUGGCACCUUGUUAGGUCAUGCCACCUACUUCUCCUCAGAUCCACGAUAUUCCAUGCGCUUCUGUGGAAAGAAGGGUGGGGCAGAUGGGACCAAAGUCUUGGUCGUGGCCAGAGUGCUCGUUGGACGCUACUGUAAAGGAUCUCCAACAGAUGUGGAGCCGCCGCUGCUGAACAGCCAGGGAGAUCGAUUUGAUACCACCGUGGACAACGCGGAAGCACCGUCAAUUUUCGCAGUCUUCCGCGAUUUUCAAGCACUCCCCUUGUUUCUCGUUGAGAUUGUUGCUUAA